AUGGCUACAAAUUCAAUUAAGUUAUUGGCCCCCGAUGUGCACCGCGGACUGGCGGAGCUAGUGGCCAAACGUCUGGGCCUCAAGCUAACUGACACUAAACUGAAGCGGGACCCCACCGGCGAGGUGUCAUUUUCCAUCGGUGAGUCUGUGAGAGACCAGGACAUUUUUAUUAUCACGCAAAUUGGAUCAGGGGUAGUGAAUGACCGUGUUCUGGAGCUCCUCGUCAUGAUCAACGCUUGCAAAACCGCGUCAGCUAGGAGAAUCACUUCGGUGCUUCCAAACUUCCCUUACGCAAGACAAGACAGAAAGGACAAGAGCCGUGCACCCAUCACCGCGAAACUUAUGGCGGAUAUGUUGACCACAGCGGGCUGCGAUCAUGUGGUGACCAUGGAUCUGCACGCAUCACAAAUACAAGGGUUCUUCGACGUCCCAGUGGAUAAUCUUUAUGCUGAACCUAGUGUUGUGAGGUAUAUUCGCGAGCACAUUAACUUUAACGAAGCGAUUAUCAUUUCUCCGGACGCUGGUGGAGCUAAGAGAGCCGCUGCUCUGGCGGACAGACUUGACUUGAACUUUGCGCUUAUUCAUAAAGAAAGGGCUCGCGCGAAUGAAGUCUCUCGAAUGGUGCUGGUUGGCGACGUGACGGAUAAAAUUUGUAUCAUUGUCGAUGACAUGGCUGACACUUGUGGUACAUUGGCGAAGGCUGCGGAAGUGCUACUGGAUAAUCGUGCAAAGGGGGUGAUCGCUAUUGUCACACAUGGUGUUUUAUCAGGAAAAGCCAUUGAAAAUAUUAAUAACUCUAAGUUGGAUAGAGUUGUUUGCACUAACACAGUUCCUUUUGAGGAAAAGAUGAAGCUUUGCCCUAAACUGGACGUCAUAGAUGUGAGUGCUGUUUUGGCGGAGAGUAUCCGCCGUUUACAUAACGGUGAGAGUAUUUCUUACCUAUUUAAGCACUCUCCGCUGUAG